GCUGCUCACAAGUCACAACCCCUCUUUUGACGGUUGCGUUCACUCCCUAGUCCCCCUCCCAUAGUCCCCUUCCCCAUAAAGCAUAAAGACCCCAAGAUUCCGGUCCUGUAGGAGCAAAGUGUUCGAGAAACAAACACCCCCUUUUCUGUUGUAAUCUCUUCUUCCAACAGAAGCGGAGCUAGCGGAUGGAACGACAGAAUGAUGGGAGCGAGGGUGGAGGCAAGAUCAAGAUUGGUGUCUGCGUCAUGGAGAAGAAGGUGUCUUGUUCCCCCAUGGAGCAGAUUCUUGAGAGGCUGCACGCGUUCGGGGAGUUCGAGAUUAUAAUUUUUGGUGACAAGGUAAUUCUGGAAGAUCCCAUUGAAAGUUGGCCUUUGUGUGACUGUCUAAUCGCCUUCUAUUCAGCUGGGUAUCCUCUAGAAAAGGCAGAGAAAUAUGCUGUUUUACGCAGGCCUUUUUUGGUCAAUGAGUUGGACCCGCAAUACCUGUUUCACGACCGCAGCAAAGUAUAUGAGCACCUUAAAUUGUUCGGAGUUCCAGUUCCUACUUAUGCUGUCGUCAGAAGAGAGCAUCCCAAUCAAGAGUUAAACUACUUCGCCGAGCAAGAUGAUUUUAUUGAGAUUCAUGGAAAACGCUUUUGCAAGCCUUUUGUGGAGAAACCCAUCGAUGGAGACGACCAUAAUAUAAUGAUAUACUAUCCUAGCUAUGCUGGUGGAGGAAUGAAAGAACUGUUCCGCAAGGUUGGCAAUAGAUCUAGUGAAUUCUAUCCAGAUGUUAGGAAGGUGAGGCGAGAUGGAUCCUACAUCUAUGAGGAGUUCAUGCCUACGGGGGGAACAGAUGUCAAGGUUUAUACGGUUGGGCCAGGAUAUGCACACGCUGAAGCUCGUAAAUCCCCAGUUGUAGAUGGGGUUGUCAUGCGAAAUUCUGAUGGAAAAGAGGUGCGUUAUCCUGUUUUAUUGACCCCUACUGAGAAACAAAUCGCAUGGAAUGUUUGCCAAGCCUUCAGACAAGCGGUAUGUGGCUUUGAUCUUCUAAGGUGUGACCUGGGGGAGGCAAAAUCUUAUGUAUGUGAUGUGAAUGGCUGGAGUUUCGUGAAAAGCUCAUAUAAGUACUAUGAUGAUGCUGCAUGCAUUCUGAGGAAAAUGUUUCUUGAUGAGAAAGCUCCACAUAUUUCAUCUACCAUUCCUGCUAAUCUCCCAUGGAAAAUCAGUGAGCCAGUGCAACCAUCAGAUGCUGCAGGAGGUCGAGAAAGGCGAACUGUGGGCAUACCCGCGCAAUCAGAAGAGUUGCGCUGCGUCAUAGCUGUUAUACGCCAUGGGGAUCGCACACCAAAGCAGAAGGUGAAGCUGAAAGUGACUCAAGAAAAGCUUCUUGAAUUGAUGCUGAAAUACAAUGGUGGAAAGGCCCACGCAGAGGCAAAGCUUAAAAGUGCCUUGCAGCUGCAGGAUUUGUUAGAUGCAACAAGAAUUCUUGUUCCACGCGCUAGUAAAGAUGCAAAAUUUACUAUGAACUUCAGAUCUGGCCGUGAAAGUGAUAGUGAUGCUGAAGUUGAGCAUGCAGAGAAACUACGUCAAGUUAGAGCAGUUCUUGAAGAGGGUGGACAUUUUUCAGGUAUCUAUAGGAAAGUACAGCUAAAACCAUCAAACUGGGUAUGUAUUCCUAAAAGUAGUGGACAAGGAGAGGAGGAGUUUCCAAUCGAAGCCCUAAUGAUUCUUAAGUAUGGUGGUGUUCUAACCCAUGCAGGAAGAAAACAGGCAGAAGAGUUGGGAAGAUAUUUCAGAAAUAAUAUGUACCCAAGUGAAGGACCAGGAUUGCUUCGUCUGCACAGUACAUAUAGGCAUGAUCUAAAAAUAUAUAGUUCAGAUGAAGGCCGUGUUCAGAUGUCUGCCGCGGCUUUUGCAAAAGGUCUUCUUGAUUUGGAGGGGGAGCUAACACCAAUCCUGGUUUCACUUGUCAGUAAGGACUCAUCUAUGCUUGAUGGACUUCAGGAUGGUACUGCUGAGAUCAAUGAAGCUAAGGCUCAGUUGCAUGAUAUUAUCAUCUCUUCAAAAGUUGCAAAUGGUAAUGAACCUGUGGAAUUUCCAUGGAUGGUCGAUGGGGCUGGAGUGUCUACAAAUGCUGCUCAACUUCUAUCAGAUUUGGCUCAGUUAACAAAAGAAAUAACUGCCCAAGUGAAGUUGCUUUCGGAUGACGAAAAUGAGGAGGUUGCAACAGAUGGUGACUCACCUAAUCAUCCUUAUGAUCAAGCGAAAGCACUAUGGAGAACAGCAAUUGACAUGGACCGCAUCGCCGCUGGAUUGCCUUGUGGCAGCGAAAGCUUCCUUCUGAUGUUUGCCCGUUGGAAGAAACUAGAGAGGGAUCUCUACAAUGAAAGGAAAAGGCGCUUCGACACUACACAAAUUCCUGAUUUAUAUGACUCUUGCAAGUAUGACCUUCUGCAUAACUCACAUCUUAAUCUUAAGGGUUUGAAUGAUCUCUUCAAAAUAUCUCAGUUGCUAGCUGAUGGUGUCAUUCCAAACGAGUAUGGGAUAAAUCCAAAACAAAAACUCAAAAUAGGUUCAAAGAUAGCGCGCCGUUUGUUGGGCAAGAUUCUAAUUGACCUGCACAACACCAGACGAGAGAUCACCAUUGUCGCUGCUGAAUCUAGUACAUGUCAUGACCCAACAAUAAUAUCUUGUACAAAACGGAAGGAGAGGUCUUACUACGAUGGUGUUAGGAAGGAAGAUUUUGAAAUAUCUAGCACCAACGAGAAGUCAAUUGAUAUAGAAUCCCAUAAAGAAACUAAAUAUUGCUUAGAUCCAAAAUAUGCAAAUGUGAUGGAACCUGAGAGACGCGUUCGAACAAGGCUCUAUUUUACAUCGGAAUCACAUAUACAUUCCCUAAUGAACGUACUUCGAUACUGCUACUUGGACGAGUCUCUGAAUGGAGAAGAGAGUCUUAUCUGCAAAAAUGCUCUAGAUCAUCUAUUUAGAACAAAGGAACUUGACUACAUGAGUUACAUUGUGUUGCGUAUGUUCGAGAAUACAGAGAUGCCUUUGGAAGAUCCAAAAAGGUUCCGUAUAGAGAUGACAUUUAGUCGUGGCGCAGAUAUAAGCUGCUUAGAGAGUGCACAUGAAAAAGAUCCGUUUCUACUUGACGAUCACACAAUUCAACUCAUGGAGCCAGAGAAAUUGCAAGAAGUUGGUUCAUAUCUCACCUUAGACAAAUUUGAUACGAUGAUCCGUCCGUUUGCAAUGCCAGCUGAAGAUUUUCCCCCAGCUACUCCUUCUCAAUGUUUGGCUGUCCGCUUCUGCGAGGAUAUUGAGUUGCAAGGAGCAAGAUUGCAACAUAGUCAAGCAUGCUGAGUAGUUUGCCAAAAAGGAAGACAAAAAUAUCUUCAAGAACAGCACAGAAUCCCCCAGUUGAGCUGCAAUGUUUUCUCAGUCAUCAUAUUCCAUUAUUGCUUGCUGAAAGGAAGUAAAUGGUUUACCAACAGAUGAGGUUCAUAAAGCACUCAACGAUUACCAUGAUGAGGUAAUGACAGUCACUGUUAAGUGCUGCAUAUGUGGCAAGGUCCGAAGACAUCAUGAUGCAGGAGGAACCACACAAAACUCGUUUGGCCGAUAGUGUAAUGUGUAAAUAAUAGGUUAAAGCUGUGUACAAACUCAGUUCUUGGAAAGCCUUUUUUCCAGCGUAUACAUGGAAGCCAGAUUGGUGUAGCCUUUAAAAUCUGUUGGUUUGCCUUUAGAACGAUUUACAAGAUAAAUUUUGCUUGUUUAUGUGUGGACCAAGAACGCUAUUUUUCAGAGUCUUUCAGGUGAAAGUAGAGUGUUGCAUGUAAACAUAUUUUGAUUUUGAGUUGAAGCUCUACCACUGGGCCUAAGAAUACAGUAUUCUGUUUA